AUGGCUUCUUUUGCUUCAGUUUCCCCAAUCACUGUUGCCACUCUACCUUGCACCAAGGGCAGAAGCAUAACCUGCCAGGCUAAUGGCCUAUCUAGCAUUGGAGGUCCAAUGGUUAAGGGACUAAGACUUGUGCCCAAGAUCAAGAUCACUAGGGCAGCAGAAAGAUCAUUUCCAAUCCCUAGUUGCCUCAAGACUGCAAUCUCAUGUUCCAUUGCUCAACCAGAGACUCUGCUAACUGUCCAAAGCACAAUUGCCAAGCAACUCUCCAUUGAUGAAAGCACUGUGACUCCCGAAACUAAGUUUGUCGAUUUGGGGGCUGAUUCUCUGGACACAGUUGAAAUCUUGAUGGCUUUGGAGGAGAAGUUCGGAGUGUCCGUUGGGGAAGGGGGAGCAGAGAACAUCUCAACCGUUCAAGAUGCUGCUGAUCUGAUUGAGAAAGUGAAAUCAACUUCAACUUAAGUCGAUGUGAAGGAAAUUAAUUCCUUGCUGUUUUCCAGUCAAGUUUUGUUUUCUAAUUUUUCCCUUUAGAUUAUUAUGUCACAACUCGAACGAGAUCAUGACCUAUAAUU